ACAGACCUUGUCCCAGAGUCCCAAACAAGUUUAACCGACUUUCAUCGAGACGGAACAAGUAUUUGAACUAGUGUUUGUGACCGAGAGAAAUCGAGGUCAUAAAACGCGCGCGUUAUUAGCGUUUCUCCUUCGACCGAGUCGCCGCUCCCGAUCCCAAUUCCCCCGUCGCCCUCCACGAAACCCUACCCCUAAACCGAUCACCCCUUCCCCGGCGGACGCAACCGGCGGCCGGCGAGAGCGAAGAUGCCGGCCACCGCGGGGCGCGUGCGCAUGCCCGCCAACAACCGCGUCCACAGCAGCGCGGCGUUGCAGACGCACUGCAUCUGGCAGAGCGCCAUCGGCUACGACCCCUACGCCCCGGCGGAGAGAAGCAAGCACCAGGCUCCCUCAUCCUCCUCCGUCUCCGCCGCCGCCGCCGCCGCAUCAGCCCCCUCCGAAAACACCUACACUAGCUACCAGAGCCUCCUCACGAUCAUCCGCGCCACCGGCUCCACCUCCGACGAGACCCGCGGCGGCUGCCGGAAGUGCGGCCGCGUCGGCCACCUCACCUUCCAGUGCCGCAACUUCCUCUGCGUCAAGGACCUCGAUAUGGACGACGACGUCGAGGCCGGUAUUCGUCAGGCCGCCUCAUCGCAGGCCAAGCUCGACGAGUUCAGGAAGAAGACCUCUGGUGGUAGCAGCGAUGCUGAGGAGGGCUCCGCUGAGGAUGAUGAAGAAGACAGCUAUGAUUCCUCCGAUUCUGACAUUGAUCCUGAGCUUGAGAGAAUAAUCGCUAAGCGGGAGCUCCACAAGGAUGGCAGUAAGCAAUCGAGGGAGGAAGAGAAGAAAGAGAAGAAGACAAGCCGCCAAAGGAGGAGCAGCAGGGGAAGGUCGAAGCACAGGAGAAGCAGCAGCAAAGAAGACAAGAAGAAGAGUAGACGCAAGAGGCGUGAAAGAUCAUGUGAGGAGGAUAGCGAGACUGAUUCAGACAAGAAGAUCAAGAGGAGGCAUCAUAGGAAGAGCAGCAAGGAGGAGAGGGAGAGGGGUAGGAGCCGCCACCGCCGCAGGAGCUACGACGACGACUCAUCGGAUGACGAUCACCACACGCUGCGGCGGCGCCGCCGCCGCCGCAGAAAGGAUGCAUUCGAUCGGCAGUGAUUCUGGAAGUGGUGGUCGUGACCCUGCUGAAUCUCAUAUGGGUGGCAAAGCGGCGCAAGGAGGAGCAGGAGAUCUUUCUGGACAAUAUUUUCCCUUUAUCGACGAGUUCUGACUUUGCCCUCUAU